AUGGCUAAUCUGGUCAUAAAACAUUACCAUCAUCUAAUGCUGCAUGGUCCCGCUCAGCUAGUACACUCGACGAUUCGUACAAACCACUGGAUUAUUGGCGGGCUCACGGCCGUGAAACAAUUCGGGAAGAAAUGUUUUAGAAUGAACGCCAAACCGAGUCAACAACUGAUGGGAAUACUGCCUCAGAAACGAGUACGGCCAGGAAAACCUUUUGCUCGGACAGGAAUUGAUUACGCCGGCCGAAUCACAAUUAAAUGGAGUAACGGUAGAGGGACCAAGACCGCCAAGGCAUACAUAGUUGUGUUCGUAUGUCUAUCUAAAAAGGGUGUACAUCUUGAGCUCGCUAGCGAUAUAACAGCGAAAACGUGUAUUGCAGCAAUAAGACGGUUCAUUGCAAGGAGAGGUAUGUGUCCCACCUUGAUAAGUGACAACAGCACCAAUUUUGUAGGAGCUGACAAACUGUUGCGUGAGACGGCACGAAAGAUGAUUGCGGAAGCACAAGGAAAACUAGCUGUAAACAACAUCAACUGGAAGUUUAUUCCACCGGGAAGUCCUCACUUUGGAGGGAUUUGGGAGGCAGCAGCCAAAAGUAUGAAGCGCCAUUUGAUCAAAACCAUCGGUGCGCACUUGCUAAACGUGGAAGAAAUGUCCACGCUGUUAGCACAGAUCGAAGCAUGUAUGAACUCGAGGCCCUUAACACCAUUGAGCACUGAUCCACAUGACCUUACCGCUUUGACUCCUGGACAUUUCUUGACGGGGGAACAUCUGUUUGAACUGCCGGACGGAAAUACAGAAGACAAAGACAAAACCUACAACUCGAAGGCGUAG